AUGGCGGACCCCUACGAGAUCGUGCGGGCCGAGGUGCAGCGGCAGCUCGCUUCUGGUGGCGGCCUGGUCGUGCGCUGGCGCAACGCUCCGCCUGCCGGCAAGGACGCCGCCGCCGCCGCCGUGAGGAAGCUGCUUUCCGAGGUGGAGGUGGACCUUCAGGAUCUGGAGGAGACCAUCUCGAUCGCGUCUACGCCGGCCGAGUCGCGCGCGCGCAACGCAUUCCUGCAGGACUCGCUGCGAACCUGCCGCGAGAUGAGGGAGGAGCUCGACCGCUCCUCGUCGUCCACUCCCUCGAGGCGCGCGGGCAAGGGCGGCAGCUCGCGCGCGGAGCUGCUGCGCUCGGACAACGGGCGCGCGGGCGCGCCGUCGGACGCGCACGCCUACAGCGCGCCAGCGAGGCGCGACGCGCCGCUGGAGGCGGUGAUGCAGCAGCAGAUGAUGACGCAGCAAGAGGAGAUGCAGGCGCAGGACGUCGAGCUCGGCAACCUCUCGGUGGCGGUGUCGCGGCUGGACAAGAUGGGCCGCACCAUCAACACCGAGCUGCGGCAGCAGGGCGCCAUGCUCGACGACCUCGACCACGAGGUGGACGAGGCGGGCGCGCAGAUGGGCGGCGCGAUGGCGACGAUGCAGAAGAUGCUCAAGUCGAGCGACCGCGGCAAGUUCUGCGCCAUCCUCGUCCUGACGGCCGUGCUGAUCGUGCUCACAAUGCUCGUCUUUUCUUGA